AAAAGGGAGGGGGUGGAGAGAGAAAAAAGCGAGUAGGAGGGGGGUUCUGUGUAGUGCAGUGGUGAUAGCGAUCGCAGAGGCUGGCUUUAAAAAAAAAGCCUCCUAUGUGUCUGUAGUAGACCUAUCGGUGUAGGAGAGCGAGAGAGAGCGAAAGAGAGAGAGCACGAGAGAGAGGGAGACAGAGAGCGAGAGAGAGAGAGAGGGAACUAGUGUACCAGUGCUAAUGUAAAACAGGAUUAAAACACAAGAUGGCUUCCUGAAUGGGCAGGAACACAGAGAGACGAGAGAGAGACAGAGAGGUUAGACGAGAGAGCUUGAGGCCUCUGAUGGGGAGCCGACCAGCCGACGGAGUGCAGAAGAAGGCAGAUUGGCUCAGUGGGUGGGAUUUGAGGACAAUAGUAAAGCCUGCUCUAGAACCUCAAAACUGGCAGCAGAGACUGUUUCAGGGGUGGGUUCAGUGGAUGGCCCGAGAAGAAGAGGCCAGAUGGAAACUGGGUCACAUGACCGCCUGGAGGAAGGCGUGCUGAACCUGGGGCUGACCAAUGGGGCGAGCAGGCGCCCUGAUGAAGAGGAAGAGGAGGCGGUCGGAGGUGGAUGCUCUCCGAUGGGGCCGGUCUGGGGUCCCACACAGGGCAAGACGGCGCACCUUCAGCAGCAGGAGCAGCUGCAGUCCUGCUGGGGCGGCGGAGAGGCACGCUGUGCCCGGAGCUCCGCGAACGAGGCGGACAUCGAGGACGCCCGGAACUUAGUGGCUUUCUCCGCCAGCGCGGGCGCCUUGCCGCCCUCUGCCCUCCCUGAGCCACAGACGAAAACUGCGCAGCUGUACGAGAAGUUCAAUCAGGAGAUGGGCGGCGGAGGGGCGGAGUCGGGGCCAGUAGGCAGGGCCGCAGAGGGCGAGCGCUGCCCCCCUGAGGACCUGAACACCUUGCAGACAGCACUGAGCCAGGCGCGGCACGGCCACAAGCCGCCCAACUGCAACUGCGAUGGGCCAGACUGCCCCGACUACCUGGAGUGGCUGGAGAAGAAGAUCAAGCAGGCAGCAGACGGCCAGGAAGCCGCUGCCACACUGCACUCGGACCUCCAGCACCAUUCCUCCAACCCACCUCCUCAACUCAAUGGAGCCAAUCUUCCCCUCACCUCCCCGACUCCAGGCCCCCAUCAACAGGCGCCAUGCACCCCGCUCUCCUGUGCCCCCGUGCCCUGCUCCCCCGCCCCCAUCCCAUGUUCACCCAGUGUCCUCUCCAUCGCUAAGGAAAAGAAUAUUAGCCUGCAGACGGCCAUCGCCAUCGAGGCCCUGACCCAGCUCUCUGCCACUGUUCCGCAGACAGUGGUGCCUCCAGCGGAGGCUGCUUCUGCCAACCACCAACACCACCACCCUCCUCAUCACCUCCCUCAGCCGCAGCACGGCACCCGCCUGGUCCCAUCCUCUUCCUCCGCCUCGUCCCCAUUGCCGCAAUCCGUCCCUCCUGGACUGUACCCCCAGCAGGACCCUCUCUACUGGGAGCAGCACAGACCACAGUCUCGGGCAGAGGCCUCUGCACCCCACGCGAUGCCCGGCUCUGCGCACGGCCAGCCCCUCCGCUCCUCUCCCCACCUAAACUCAGCCUCCCCUUUCCCCAGCCCCCUUCCCGCGGCGGGCAGCCCUCUUCCCAAGCCGUGGCAGCCGGGCGCGGGUGGGAGCUGCGAGAGGGCCUCCCCCAGGAACCCCUGGAUGACGCUGAAGUCAGAGCCUCAUCCCCGCCUCCCGCCUCCACCCCACGGCAGCGGUGACCCCAUGUCGGAGCUGAAACAGCUCCUGGGAGACACCAGCGGGAAAUACAUGAAUCCAGCCUUCAGGUUUCCUGCCCCCCAGCACCACGGCCACCACGGCCUGAAGGAGAAAGGUGCUGGGCCGGCGGUGGCCCGGAUCAAGCAGGAGGUGGACUGCGGGGAAUACCCGGGCUCAGCGUGCGCCGUUAUGGGCCACUACGGGAUGGUGAACGGCCAGCAGCAGCAGCAGUACCCGGGCCGCCCGCUGUCUCCAGGGAGUGCCGCCAUCCGUCACUCGACCCAGGCGGCGCUGCAGCAGCACCUCCACCACAAGCGAAACCUCUUCUCCAGCGAUCCCUCCCUUCCCCACCGCCCGCCCUUAGGCUUCCAGGACCUGCGCAAGUGGUGGCCGCAGAUGGGGGGUGCCGAGGGCUCCCUCCCGAUUAAGCAGGAGCCCAAGGAGCCCAAGAAGAAGAAGAGUGCCCAGUCCCCGUCCCUCAAACAGCCGAUGGCUGGACUGUUCCCCCAGCCGGGUCCUCCUCUGCCCAAACCCAAGCAGAUCAUCAUCAAGAAGCCCAAGCAGAGGGCCUCGCAGCCCAUCUUCCUGCCCCAGAGCCAGAUUUUAGUGCAGAAGCCACCGCCCAGCCGCCCCGAGAGCGCUCCCCCGCUCAUCCCGGCUGCCCCCGCGCUCUCCUUUGCAGAGCCGGGACCUCUCCCCCCUCUCUCCUCCUGCAACCUCUCUCAGGCUGACAUGAGCUGCAUGGCUCCAGCCCACUCUCAGGAAUCCAUUUUGAACAGUGCUAUUGCUCCCUCUGCCGCCCCCGCCGUCUCAGAAAGUGCUCCCCCCGCCUCCGUUCCUCUCCCCUCCCCAGUCCCUCCGCCCCAAAGCGAUCCAGAUAGCUCAGGCCCAGUGGGGUCAGAGGAGGGAAACUCUGCGCCCAGCACCACACCUGCGGCCCUCUCAUCCCAGUCAUCACCCUCUCUCGCAGGGCUCGGUUCCCUAGACCCCAAAUUCGAGGAGCUGAUCCGCCAGUUUGAGGCGGAGUUCCCAGUGCCCAGCCCUCAGACGCAGGCCCCAGAGCAGGCCCAAACUCAGUCUGCAGUCGCGGAGUCUCAGCCAAACUCUAACUCAGGACAAGCCAGCCCCCCAGCACCCCCUAUGGAUCAGCCGCCUGCCCCGGCCACCCUCCCCCCACCAGCAGGCGAGGAGAUGGAGCUGGAAGAGGAGGGGGCUAGGACCGCAAUAGAGGGAGAACCCGCGAGCUCUGUCCCGCUACCUGGGGACGGUGUCAUGGAGAUGGCAGUGGAGCAGGAGCUCGACGGAGGGGUCGAGGGGCAGAGUUCCCAGUCCCAGGUCUUGCCCUCAACCCAGGAGGCCCUCCUGCAGCAGCAGCAGCACCGUGUCCUGGAGGAUCCCUUCACCAUGCCCUUCUCCCCACUGCCCAAGCGCAUGAAGCUCGAGGCGUCUGGAGGGGUGGCGGUGCUCUCCACCACCACCUGCCUCUCCACCAUGCCGGACGAGAACGAAACGCCCACCAAAGAGGGCCCGCCCUCCGACCCCACCCUGCGGGGCUUCCUGGAGUCACCCCUGCGCUAUUUGGACACGCCCACCAAGAGCCUGCUGGACACGCCUGCCAAGGAGGGCCAGGCCGAAUUCCCUCUCUGCGACUGUGUGGAGCAAAUCCUGGAGAAGGAUGAGGGUCCGUACUACAAUCACCUGGGUGCAGGUCCCACAGUGGCCUCGAUUAGAGAGCUGAUGGAGAGCAGGUAUGGAGAGAAGGGUGAGGCGAUACGCAUUGAAAAGGUGAUCUACACAGGCAAGGAGGGGAAGAGCUCUCAGGGAUGUCCCAUCGCCAAGUGGGUGAUCCGCCGCGGCAGCGAAGCGGAGAAGCUGCUCUGCCUGGUGCGUCACCGCGUCGGCCACCACUGUGCCAACGCCGUCAUCAUCAUACUCAUCCUGGCGUGGGAGGGCGUGCCGCGGGCACUGGGCGACAAGCUGUACCACGAGCUGUCGGAAACUCUCACCAAGUUCGGCAACCCCACCAGCCGCCGCUGCGCGCUCAACGACGAUCGCACCUGUGCGUGCCAAGGGAAGGAUCCUGACACCUGUGGUGCCUCCUUCUCCUUUGGGUGCUCCUGGAGUAUGUACUUCAAUGGGUGCAAGUACGCCCGCAGCAAGACGCCCCGGAAGUUUCGGCUGCAAGGAGACCACCCCAAAGAGGAGGAGAAUCUCAGGGAUAACUUCCAGGACCUGGCCACGAAGGUGGCCCCCCUGUACAAACAGCUAGCCCCCCAGGCCUACAGCAAUCAGUGCGCCAUGGAGCAGACGGCCUCUGACUGCAGGUUGGGUCUGAAGGAGGGGAGGCCAUUCUCAGGGGUCACUGCUUGUAUGGACUUCUGCGCUCAUGCCCACAAGGACCAGCACAACCUGUACAACGGCUGCACUGUGGUGUGCACACUGACGAAGGAGGACAACCGGAUGGUGGGGCAGAUCCCGGAGGACGAGCAGCUGCACGUGUUGCCGCUCUACAAGGUGUCCCUGACCGACGAGUUCGGCAGCGAGGAGACCCAGCGCCUGAAGAUGCAGACUGGUGCCAUCCAGGUGCUCACCAACUUCCGGCGCGAGGUGCGCAAGCUGCCUGAGCCCGCCAAGUCCUGCCGCCAGCGCAGGCUGGAGGCCAAGAAAGCAGCGUCCGAGAAGAAGAAGGGGCAGAAGCUGGGAGAGACCCCUGAGAAGAGUAUCAAAACAGAAGUGCGCCAUUCUGGCUCCCCUCACCCUCAGCAAGGCAACAAAGCAAUCCCAAAACAGGAGGUGAAGCCUACUAUCAAGACGGAGAAAGACGGUCGGUUCCCGCCCUUCAACGGGGUCCUGGAUGGCUACUCUGGGCUAGGAACCCACCAGGGAACUGACCCCUACAGCAUGAACAGCGUCUAUUCUUACCCUGGUUACUAUGCAAGGAGUGGCCUCCCUUCCAAUGGGCCUGCUCCUGCCCCUGCUCCUAGCCCUGUCAACGGCUUUCACCCUAAUCUGUCCACAUUGCCCUACGGCUACUACAACUACCCCCCAAAUGCACUCUUCUCCCCUCAGUUCAUUGGCUACGAGGGCCGCAAUGGGACGUGGCCCAAGACUGCAGCCACAGCUACUUCCUUCGAUAAGAAGCUGGACGUACAAAGCUUGCAAGCUAGCCUGGCUCACUCUUACCCUGACCACCCUGAGCAGCCGACUGGUGAAAGAGCCAAGCGUGUCUACACACCCUCGUGCGACAAUGCCCAGCCCCACGCCCUCCCACCCCGGCCCCAGACAGCGCCGGCAGAUCCUACUCGCAGAGCCACACCGGUUAUCAAGCAGGAGCCCGUGGACGUGCCUCUGUAUCCCGACUGCAGAGCAGAGGGGGCACCGCAGCACUGUGCCACAGAGUCCAGCCCUGCCCCGCAGCACGAGGCCUGGCCUGGGCACAAGCUGAACGGCAGCCUGGCGCCCGACGCCUGGGAAAGCAGCCUGAAACGGGCCUCCUCCUCCGCCCAAGCCUCCACCUUCUCUCCAGACAAGCAGCAGCUCCACCAGCAGCAUCCGCAUCAGCGUCACCACCAUCCACACCCCCAGCAGCACCCGCAGCAGUGGAACUCUCUCCAAGGCGCGAGCAGCCCCAUGGCUUCCCUGGCCCCGUCUCCAUCUCCCUCCCUGAAGGCAACACCUUCCCCAUCUCCCUCCCCUCACCCUCCUGCCAAUGCCCGGCACUGGGAUAGCCCGUCCCCGAGUCCUCAGUCCAAGCCCUGGGGCAUGGGGCCUGCUGGGUAUAACCCUGGCCUGAAGCACAGCAGCCCAGCUGGGGGUUUUCCUGACAAGUUGUGGUAUAAGGCAGGCGAGAGCCGGGGCUCCACGCCGCUGGGGCUCCAGGAGAAGGCCUGGAAGUCCUGCGGUGGCUCGGUGGCCGGGAGCACCCCGUCACCAGCACCGGAGGGCAGGCUCUUCCCCGACACCUUCCAGCAGUCGGAGGCACAGGUGUGCUGGGAGCCCGGAGGCGCCGAGAGCCAAAUGCAGGAGCAGGCGGAGCGUGAGCUGGAGGAGGACGAGGUGUGGUCCGACAGCGAGCACAACUUCCUCGACCCCAACAUCGGCGGCGUGGCAGUGGCGCCCGCCCACGGCUCUAUCCUGAUCGAGUGCGCCCGGCGGGAGCUGCACGCCACCACGCCGCUCAAGAAGCCCAACCGCUGCCACCCGACCCGCAUCUCCCUCGUCUUCUACCAGCACAAGAACCUGAACCAGCCCUGCCACGGCCUGGCGCUGUGGGAGGCCAAGAUGAAGCUGCUAGCGGAGCGGGCGCGCCAGCGGCAGCAGGAGGCGGCGCUGCUCGGCCUCUCGCAGGACGACAUCAAGGCCUACGGGAAGAAGCGCAAGUGGAGCGCGACGGCCGGGGGCGCCAGCCCCGGCCCGGGACAAGGCAAGGACAAGAGGGAGGGAGCGGUCACACGCCUGGCCCCUGCGCAGCACACCACCUCAGUGGUCACCGCGUCACCCUACGCCUUCACCCAGCUCACCGGCCCCUACAGCCGCUGGGUGUGAGGGGCAGCAGACUGACACAGCAGAGAGAAGAAGAGGAGGGAGAGUGGGGGAUGCGUGUCACCCCUCCUCUGCCCUUUCCUCUGGGUCUCUCCACCCCAGCUCUUACCCUCUCUGUUCACCAGUAGGGGGGUUUCUUAUUUUUGGUUUGUUUUUUUUUUCUUUUGUUUUACCUCAAAUUUGGCGGCAGUUUGGGACUCCCCCUGACGGACAAGCUGCCUGUGGUGCUCUUCCUCUCUCCAGUGUGGGAGGGAUUACAUUGUUUCCUCUCCUUAAUACAAUAAUGAUCCUAAUUAUUAUUAUUAUUACUAUUAUUAUCAAUAUUAUUAU